GCGCGGGCCGGAGAGGGCGGGGGGAUGCGCCGCGGCGGCGGUGGCGCGGGCGCUGGGUCUGGUGUUGAGAGGCGCCAGAGCAGCGGAUCCCGGUCUCGCCGCCGCAGGAGCGCGGGUGUCGCGCGCGGCCUGAAGACGCCGUACCUUUUCUGCCCCUCACCUUUUUUUUUUUUUUUUUUUAAAUAACCGGAACCAAUGAACGCAGCCGGGACCCGAGCUCCGGAGGCCGCCGGUGCCGAGGGGACCAGGCUGGCGCCCGGCAGGGGCUCGCGUCCGCGGCGGCGGGGGCGGCCCGAGGAGUCGCCGGCGGCGGCUGCAGCGCCAGGCGGAGCGGACGAGUGGCCGGCGGCCGGGGCGCCGCUGCGCUUCCCCCCCGCGGCUCCUCCGCGCCCUCAUCCCGCCGCGACGCCCGGCCCGACCUCGGGCUGGCUGCGGCGGGGCCACUGGGCUGCGCUACUGCUGCUUGGGCUGCUGGCGGCCGGCGCGGCGGACGGAUGCGAGCUGGUGUCCAGGCACCUCCGCGGGCGGCGGGCCUCGGGCUCUGCCGCGGCGGCCGUCUCCUCUCCCGCUGCGGCGGCGGGCGACAGUCCGGCGCUCAUGACAGAUCCCUGCCUGUCACUGAGUCCGCCAUGCUUUACAGAAGAAGAUAGAUUCAGCCUGGAAGCUCUUCAGACAAUCCAUAAACAAAUGGAUGAUGACAAAGAUGGUGGAAUUGAAGUAGAUGAGAGUGAUGAAUUUAUCAGAGAAGAUAUGAAAUAUAAAGAUGCUACUAAUAAACACAGCCAUCUGCACAGAGAAGAUAAGCAUAUAACUGUUGAAGAUUUAUGGAAGCGGUGGAAAACAUCAGAAGUUCAUAAUUGGACCCUUGAGGACACGCUUCAGUGGUUGAUAGAAUUUGUUGAACUACCCCAAUAUGAGAAGAAUUUUAGAGACAAUAAUGUCAAAGGAACAACGCUUCCCAGGAUAGCAGUGCAUGAACCUUCAUUUAUGAGCUCCCAGUUGAAAAUCAGCGAUCGGAGUCACAGACAAAAACUUCAGCUCAAGGCACUGGAUGUGGUUUUGUUUGGACCUCUAACACGCCCGCCUCAUAACUGGAUGAAGGAUUUUAUUCUCACAGUUUCUAUUGUAAUCGGUGUUGGGGGGUGCUGGUUUGCUUACACACAGAAUAAGACAUCGAAAGAACAUGUUGCAAAAAUGAUGAAAGACUUGGAGAGUCUGCAAACUGCAGAGCAAAGUCUAAUGGACUUACAAGAGAGGCUUGAAAAGGCACAGGAAGAAAACAGAAAUGUUGCCGUAGAAAAGCAAAAUCUGGAGCGCAAAAUGAUGGAUGAAAUCAAUUACGCAAAGGAAGAGGCCUGUCGGCUGAGAGAGCUGAGGGAAGGCGCCGAAUGCGAGCUGAGCAGACGGCAGUAUGCGGAGCAGGAGCUGGAGCAGGUUCGAAUGGCUCUGAAAAAGGCUGAGAAGGAAUUUGAACUAAGAAGCAGCUGGUCUGUUCCAGAUGCACUUCAGAAAUGGCUUCAGUUAACACAUGAAGUAGAAGUACAGUACUACAAUAUUAAAAGACAAAAUGCUGAAAUGCAAUUAGCUAUUGCUAAGGAUGAGGCAGAGAAAAUUAAAAAGAAGAGAAGCACAGUCUUCGGGACUCUGCAUGUCGCACACAGCUCCUCCCUGGAUGAAGUAGACCACAAAAUUCUGGAAGCAAAGAAAGCGCUCUCGGAGUUGACAACUUGUUUACGAGAACGACUUUUUCGCUGGCAACAGAUUGAGAAGAUCUGUGGCUUUCAGAUAGCCCAUAACUCGGGCCUCCUCAGCUUGACCUCUUCCCUGUACUCUGAUCACAGCUGGGUGGUGAUGCCCAGAGUCUCCAUUCCACCCUAUCCAAUUGCUGGGGGAGUUGACGAUUUAGAUGAAGAUACACCCCCAAUAGUAUCACAGUUUCCUGGGACCAUGGCCAAACCCACCAGCUCGUUGGCCAGAAGCAGCAGCCUGUGCCGCUCCCGCCGCAGCAUCGUGCCAGCCUCACCACAGUGCGCGCGCGCGCAGCUGCCUCCGCAUGCACCCCACCAAGCCCACAGCCGGCACCCCCAGCACCCCCAGCACCCCCAGCACUCCUUGCCUUCCCCGGACCCUGAUAUCCUCUCAGUGUCAAGUUGCCCUGUCCUGUAUCGAAAUGAGGAGGAGGAGGAGGCCAUAUACUUCUCUGCUGAAAAGCAAUGGGAGGUACCAGACACAGCUUCAGAAUGUGACUCCUUAAAUUCUUCCAUUGGAAGGAAGCAGUCUCCUCCUUCGAGCCUCGAGAUAUACCAAACGUUGUCUCCUCGGAAGAUCUCACGAGAUGAGCUCUCCCUAGAGGAUUCAUCCAGAGGGGAUUCACCCGUGACUGCAGAUAUCUCUCGGGGUUCUCCUGAUUGUGUCGGUCUGACGGAAACGAAGAGUAUGAUCUUCAGCCCGGCCAGCAAAGUGUACAACGGCAUCCUGGAGAAGUCCUGUAGCAUGAACCAGCUCUCUAGCGGCAUCCCGGUGCCGAAACCUCGCCACACGUCCUGUUCCUCCACUGGCAAAGACAGCAAAGCGGCACCGGAAGCCCCGCACGUGGCCAGGAUAAGCAGCAUCCCUCACGAUCUUUGUCAUCAUGUAGAGAAAAGCAAAAAGCCAUCAAAAAUCAAAAGCCUUUUUAAGAAGAAAUCUAAGUGAACCGGCUGACUUGAUGGAAUUCAUUCAAGGGGCGUCUUUAAACUGUUAUCUCCCAUCUUCCACUCCCCCACGCCCCCUUUUUUUUGUUUUGAUUUUAGGAAUGUAACUCCACUGGGGCUUUCCAGACCGGCUGCCAUAGUGGAAUGUCCUAAGGGCAACUGUCUACUGUCUGCUUAUUUAAGUGACUAUACAAUCAGUUCAUCAAGCCAGUUAUUACUGAAAAAUCUUUAAGAGAUGAGACAGUUUACAGUCAUUUCUGCCUAUUUAUUUCUGCUUUGUUAUUAGUGAUGUAUAUACGACAUUUUGUUCAAAGCCACUAUGGACUUACAAGCUUUAAUGGACUAGUAAGCCAGCAUGGGCUUGCAAAAAUUUCUUGUUUACCACACCAUCUUCUUAUCUUUCCACAGAGCUAUUUACAUCCUGGACUUAAAUAACUUAAAGUAAAACUAAUUGCACUACCGUUUUCCAGACUGGAAAAAAAAAAAAAAAUCUCUGCAAGUGAAACUGUAUAGAGUUUAUAAAAUGACUAUGGAUAGGGGACUGUUUUCACUUUUAGAUCAAAAUGGGUUUUUAAGUAGAACCUAGGGUUUCUAAUUGACUUGAUUUCUGGAAACGAAAACCCACGCUUUUAUUAUGGGAAGCUUCUUUAAAUGCAUUUAAUAUUAUAAAGUUUCAAGUCCUGCUGUAAAGAUCAUGUUGUUUUGUUUUCCCCAGGGCUUUCACUGUGAUUUACUGCAUUGCAGGCUGUAUGAGAAAAUAUAAAUAAUUUAGGAGAGAGAAGGCUCUUGAUUCCUCACACACGUGGAAGAUUUCAAAUUUGACUGAAGGACCUAACACAUUCACAAGUUUAAACUGAGGUCGGGGACUUGGGGAUUCAAGCACUUGUUUACAGACUUUGAAUAACAUCAAAGAAGUUAUGGUUUGUGAAGAAUUUGUACUGUGGAAAAGAUAAUAAAUUGCAGACAUUAUUGUG